CCAGAAGAAAUGACGCAUGCGUUUGCAACAGCUGAGAUCGUUUUGCCAUCUUGUGUCAAAAUCAGCAAGUAUUUUGUCAAUAGGUAAAGUCUUUCUCUCAAAAAUUGAAAGUCUAGUUAUCAAAAUUUGAUAGUUAUUUAAUCAUAUAGAGAUGGCUGAUAACGAACAAAAAGCUAUGCAGUUAAUGGCAGAUGCCGAGAAAAAGUUGACUUCGUCAAAAGGAUUCUUUGGCUCUUUAUUUGGUGGAUCUUCAAAAGUGGAAGAAGCAGUAGAAUGUUAUCAGCGCGCGGCCAACAUGUUCAAAAUGGCGAAAAAGUGGGGAUCGGCCGGAAAUGCAUUCUGCGAGGCAGCUAAUCUCCACAACAAGGCCGGAAGUAGACAUGACGCGGCCACUAAUUUCGUUGACGCGGCAAAUUGCUACAAGAAGGCAGACCCCAACGAGGCGGUACAGUGCCUGCUGAAGGCGAUCGAGAUCUACACGGACAUGGGUCGGUUCACGAUGGCGGCCAAACACCACCAGACCAUCGCCGAGAUGUAUGAGACAGAGGCCGUUGACCUUGACCGCGCCGUGCAGCACUACGAACAGGCGGCUGAUUACUUCAAGGGCGAGGAGAGCAACUCGUCCGCCAACAAGUGUAUGCUCAAGGUCGCUCAGUACGCCGCCCAGCUCGAGAACUACGACAAGGCUAUCAAAAUCUACGAACAGGUGGCUUCGUCGUCACUAGAAAGCUCUCUGCUGAAGUACAGCGCCAAGGAGUACUUGUUCAGAGCGGCGCUGUGCCACCUCUGUGUGGACGUGCUCAACGCUCAGCAUGCCAUGGACAAGUAUGUCGAUCUCUAUCCGGCCUUCCAGGACUCCAGGGAGUACAAACUGCUCAAGGUGCUGAUGGAUCACAUGGAAGAGCAGAACGCGGACGGGUUCACUGAGGCGGUCAAGGACUACGACUCGAUAUCGCGACUCGACCAAUGGUACACCACCAUCCUACUGCGCAUCAAGAAACAGGUCAACGACAACCCCGACCUGCGUUGAAUGCUCCAUUUCAAAGCUCCAUCAAACACUAAAAUAUUGAUAAUAAUGUUAAUAAUACUGCAGCGUGGCAAGGGGGGGCGAAUAACUAACGGAACUCGAUAAUUAUAAUAUUGUUGCAUUUUAGUUACACUGAUUCCAGCAGGCAGUGCGCUAGUGUCGUCUAUUGUAGUUGUUGACUUUUUUAGCGUCGGUAUAAUCUUGCAUUUCAAAUCAGAUGCACGUUUUAAUAUUAAACACCCUUUUAUAAACAAGCUCUCCAUCAUUAACGGUACCACAGUAAGAGGUAUGUAUUAUAAAUUCCAAUUAGUUUACACAAAAUAUUACUCAAGUCUUGCCUACUAAUCGCUAUAUUAAUUAUACAAUCGAUAAUUUUGAAACGUCUGUACUGUAACUAUGAUUAUUCACUGUAAAUUAUUGAAGAAAAAUGUUGUUGCACCAAGUGAUUGUUUUACACACCCCCUAAGAAGUAGAAUUAUAUUCUAUUAUCAACCAAUGUAUUUUACUUUGUACAAUAUUUUAUUGUGCUGAUUUUCAACUAAUUGAUCUGAAAUUGUUUUUUUUUUUUUCAAGUAUAAUUGAGGAAAACAUAUUAAAUGGUGACCUGACCUGUCGUAUGAAUAUUUGGAACUAUUUAAAAACGUGUUCAGGUGACAGUAGGAUGUAACCAUACUAGACAAACAUAGAAUAAAUGGAUUGCUUGUAAUAAGAUAGUAAACUACUUAUGUUGGUCUUAAUCCUAAACUAUUCCGAGAACUGUCUCAUUCAAGACUAAAGAUGUCUUAGCUUAGGUUAAGUGAUUGGUUCACUAAAGCGUGCUUUGCUAAGCUCACCUUUAAAUUCGUUUAUAAUUAGACCCCCAGUCUUGAAUUGAACUAGGAGUUGUCACCAUGAUGUCACCUUAUGUAUAUUAUAAAUACUGUAAGGGUUGAUGCGCCUUCUUCAUUAUUUCACUUCCUUGGUAAGGGCUACUCGUAUUCACGUAAAGAUUGAAAAAUAAAAGUACCCCUUUUCCAACUUUAUUUUAUUUCUCACGACAGGUUUCGACUUAUAAUGUAUUUUUAAGUGAGUGCAAGAUUGAGUGCUUGACUCUCUUAAAAAUGACAUUAUAAAUCGAAGCAUUUUGUGAGAAUUAAAAUUAAUUUGAAAAAAGGGUACUUUGAUUUUAAUUUUUACGUGAAUACGAGUAGCCCUUAACAAGGAAGUGCAUAAUGAAGAAGGCGUAUCAACCCUUACAGUAUUUAUAAUAUACACAAGGUGACAUAAUAUGGUGACAACUCCUAGUACAAUUCAAGACUGGGGGACUUCAAGGGAUUGUGUUAAUUUCAAAUACUCUAUACGAAUAUCUUCUAAAAUAUCACCUCACUACUACUGAGAAAAUUGACUAGUAUGUGCACAUUGUACACUGUACACACGAGUCCAGUAAACUGCGUGUUGGUGCUAAUCGAUUGUGCACAUGCUUGUCAAUCCCAAUCUAAUUGCAUAAAAAAUGUCAAUAUUGGACUAGUGUAGGCCUAUGCACAUCCUAAUGUCUAACACGUUUUGCAACUUCUAAAUAUUUAUGUUAUAGGCCACGGAACUUAUAAUUAUAUAAUAUAUUGUUACCAUAACUUUAUGAAGUUACAGUAAUAACUACAGUCUGUAGAGAUUCAUAUUUUCAAUUUCGAUGCCGUUUUAUUUUUACUAUUGAAUAUAGCCUACAAUGUGAUUAUGAAACUCCAAUUCUUGAUAAGUAAGCUAAAUUGAAUUAGGUCGUCUGAAACAAUAUAUAAAUUAUCAUUUUCAUGUAAAACUUAAUGCUUUGUUAAUUAUAUUAUUCCUAUGUGUUUGGUUGACACUUGGAAAUUGUUCUAUGACUGAAUUUUUAAUAAUGGGAUUUAUUUAAAGCUUUGUUGAUUGAAUUAGUUUUUGUUAAUCAAAAGGGGUUCAAGUACUCGUAGUUAUUGAGAUGAAAAAUAUUGUAGCUUAGCGCUUAUGUAAGUCAGCAGUUUUUCUAUACAUCGAAUAAAGUUUUGUCGACUAAAGUAAUAGUACAUGAAAUGACUAUUGUCGACUUCCGUUAUGUCCAUUCCAGUUUAGCAGAAAUUUUGAUGUAUGCCUUAAUAAAAAAUUAGUAAUUGAUAAAAAUUUAGUCACGACUAAAAUAUUAUAUUCUUGAUCACUAACGUAGAGAAUUAUAAAAUCCUAUAAGUUCAGAGCUGCAGGAAUAAUAUUAUUGAAUUCAACUAGCUUACUCACUAUAUAUACUCGCAAUCAUCAAUAAACUUGUGAAGUAUAAUUUUAUUAUCCCGGAUGAAAUCAAACACCAUGAAUAAUAGAAUUACUGUCAAAUUCAAGUUGGAGUCCUAGGAGUGCAUUUCGCAUUUUAAGUAGUUGAGGUAUUUAAGACACCAUACCUUUAUAAGUAUGUGAUGUUAGUUUAUAAUUAUUGUUUCAUGUAAAUGUUUUCAUCCAUAGUUGACAAUAAUUGACUGAUUUUGUUAUUUCAGUAAUAAUUGUAGGUUACAAAUUUAUGAUCAUGUAAAUAUGCCCUAUCCUGUUGCCUACUCAUAUUUCGGGGACCUAAAUAGUUAUAUUAUUAUUUCGAUCUGGUUUCUAAACAAUAAAAUCGGAGUCAAAACCCGAUUCAUCCAGAUCAGAUAUUACCAUUGCAAAAAAAGUUUUGUAGGAAGCCAAAUCGCUCUUAUAUUCAGAAUUUCUAUGAACUUGAUUUUCCACUAUUCUUCAAUGUGGAAUAAUAAUUAUGUCAAUUCAUUCUUGAAUAUUUAGAAUAAUUCAAGAAUGAUUCUAGGAAUCUCAUCUUCGCCUUCUAUCGGCCAUGGUGGAAUAAUAUUCUUCCAUGAAAAAAUCAAUGUACUUAUUCACACUUUCCAAUAGUAGAAUUAUUCCAUCAUGGGUGUAUGAUCGAUCCCUCUAGUUUAACCACUCCUAUUCAAACAGAAGUUCUAUUAGAACACAAAUCUAACUUCUAUCAAAACAGAAGUUCUGAAAAUUUGAGUCACAAAUCUAUACAUAUAAGUGUGUGGAUCAUCGUAACGAUUACCACAAUUAUAACCAUGAUGUUGUAAAGAACGCAUAAGAGAAGUAAAGAAUGUAUAACAUGAGUAAAGAAUUCCUGAGAUGAGUAAAGAAUGCAUUCAUCCUCUAUUAAGAAGUAAUCCAAUGUCAUAGACCUAAUUCCCAAAUAUCAUCGACAACAAACCCAAUUUCAACUCAAGUUACUAAACUAUGUCUAUUGUAACUCUUAUCUUUAAAAUUCGACACCAAAUCUCAUCAUAGCAAUAAGCUCUGAAUUUUAUUUGGAAUUCACUUUCAAUUGAAAUUUUUGUCUACUUUUUAGUUGAAUUUUUAUUUGCUUAUGUAAAAAAAUAUAUAUGAUUUUUUAUUAUUCAUUGUAAAUAAUUUAUUUUAUUUAGAAUUGUUAUUUUCAAAUUGUAAAUAAUGAUACUGAAAUAGUAGGUAUAUUUGUUUUUCUUUAUAAUUAUAAUUAUGGCUCUUAUUAAUUAUAUUAAAGUCAUUGUUUUAGUCGGUGUUCACAUUUUUUAAGAUAUCCCUGACAUUAACCUCUCAUCAAAUCUAGUUCCUGUAGGAUAAUUUAAUAAAAUUAAAAAUGUUUUUUAAUAGUUUUAAAUCUGAUAUUUUGCAAGGGACAGGGUAUGAUAACAUUUCAAUAUAAUAUACAAUGUGCGCCAGAGAAACUUACUUAUUUGAAAGGUCAAUUAAAACAAAAGUACUUUACA